CUAACAGACGGAGUUACGAAGUCUUUUUGGGAGAGAAGAAAGUAAAGGAAAAUCAUGGGAGCAGAAGAAGAACCUCAACAGCAAGGGAACGGACGACCGAGGCCCAAUCCGAUCACGGAGGCUCAGUUCCUCUCUUGGAAGCGCCAGAAGGAAGCAGAUGUAUCUGCUAGGAGAGCUGAAGUAGCUAGGAAACGAGCCGAAGACAUAGCUGCUGGAACAGUGCAGAUGAAUGGCCGUGAGCUUUUCUUGCAUGAGCCAUGGGUAUUUGACAACUCGCGUUACUGAGGUACCACAGCUGAAUGUGGCUUAAGUAGAACAAAGAAUGAGUUGAUCCAAUUGAAACAGUGGUUUGUUCUGCAGCCAGUGAUUGAUUAUAGAAUAAUGCUCAUAUGCUAUUGCAAGAAUGGUCAGCUCCAGAUUUUUUUUUUUGUUUGACAAUUUCAAUAUUAUAUCUCAAAUGAUUUGUCUAGCAUGGAAUAGGAAAAUAUUUAAUAUCAGUGUCUUGAAUCUUCUUUGUUGAAUGCUGUUUGCAUCUUGCUUUUGCUUUAUGGAUAUAAUGCUAAUUGGUACUGUCCCCUCUAUGCCCUAUGCUAUUCAGAUCUUGUUUUUGGUACUUAAUGAAGAAGUUAGUGUAUC